AUGUCUUCGUCAAAAGCCAUAAAUAAUAUGGGCAUGGGUAUUGUGGAACCGCAGGAACGGAUGCACUAUCUAAUAAACUAUGGCAAAGUCAAUGAGAUUGAUCCAAAACAGCCAAUCAAUCGUUACUAUCGUUCGGGCACAGAAAUGUUACGCAUGGCUCAUGUUUAUUUAAAGGAAGGAAAUCACGAGAAUGCAUUCAUUUUAUAUAUGAAAUAUUUAACGCUCUUCGUUGAGAAGAUACGAACGCAUCCCGAUUUUCCGAGCAUUAAAUCAGAAAUGAAAACCAUUAAUAAACUAAUAAAAGAUGAUGUAAUGCCAACAUCGGAAAGGCUGCGACUAAAACUUCUCGAUCGUUAUCAACGAGAAUAUGAACAGUUUUUGGCCAACAAAGAGGCAGAACGUGUACGAGAAUUGGAACGUGAAAAAGCACGACGGCAACGUGAAUCAGCAUCUAACAAUUCUUCGCAUGGCUCUUCUAUUAUACCCGCCAAUCUGCAUGUUCAAAUUGAUCCUGAAAAUACACCCUCAGCACCGGAUUUGGGUCUGCUCGAUCAGGUGGUAUAUCCAAAUGAUUUUCCCACCGGUGGUGGACAAAAAAGUAACCUGCUAUUGCCAAGUGAUAAUGUGGAUAAGGACAGCAAAGGUGGCAUGAGUAUUCCCACAAAACCUACAUUUGAUCGUUCAACAAAACCUCAAUAUGAACGUUCCGAUUCCCUGUUGGCCGGUUCCUUGCGUAUGGUAGUCAUACCACAAAAUACAAUGGAUAUUUUCUUACAGUUGGCCAAAUCGAACACGGCAAAAAAUAUUGAAACCUGCGGUAUAUUGGCUGGGUCAUUGGCGAAAAAUCGUUUGCACAUAACACACAUUAUCAUACCCAAACAACAUGGUACCCCCGAUUCGUGUAAUACCAUGAAUGAGGAGGAAAUAUUUGAAAUUCAGGAUGAUCAAAAUCUAAUAACAUUGGGUUGGAUUCAUACCCAUCCUAGCCAAACAGCAUUUUUAUCAUCUGUGGAUUUACAUACUCAAUUGGCGUAUCAAUUAAUGAUGCCUGAAGCUAUUGCUAUUGUCUGUGCGCCCAAAUAUCAAACUACUGGUUUCUUUAUACUUACUCCAAACUAUGGUCUGAACUAUAUUGCUGAAUGCCGGCAGUCAGGCUUUCAUCCGCAUCCAAAUGACCCGCCUCUAUUUAUGGAAGCCCAACACAUACAAAUGGAUGCCGGACAAAAAAUAAAAGUUGUCGACCUACGAAGAUAGUUCCAGGAAUUUUAUGUCUAAAC